GUACUCACUGUAUCACUUUUUAUUUAUGUAGGAAAUAGAGGUUAGGUCGGAAUUAUUGACCGUAGUCAAGUGCAUGAAUAUUGUAAAUAAUGUCGGAUAUUCUACAAAACUUGAUGAAAGCUAUUGGCGAAAGAAAUGAAAGCAAGAUCAUUGAAAACUUGAAAGUUUUAUUGUCACAAACAGAUGUUAUACUUACUAAUGUAGACUUAGUGAAAGAUUUACUAAAAUUCGACAAUAAUACAGAAAUCAUAAAAUUAUCAACAGAAGUAAUAGCAGAAACUGCACGAACAGAGUCAAAUCGAAAAGUAUGCACAGAUGACAAAUUAAUAAAUUCGUUAACAGAUUUAUUGGAGGACAAAGAUCCUGAUGUUAUUUUGAAUUCUGUGAGGGCUCUUGGAAACAUUUGUUAUGAAAAUGAGGAAGCCUGUAAUAUAAUUCACAAAAUUGGGAUCAAUAAAAUUUUAGAUAUCCUUAAAGAUGAUAAAACUAAAAAUGAAGAUGUUAAUAGUAUUCUGAUAACUAAAACAUCGGGGCUUUUGUUCAACUUACUUAAUAUGCAUGAAGGUUUGAUUCGAUCAUCUUUAAGUAAUGGGUUGAUGGAAAUAGUAGAAGAUAUACUGAAAAAGUAUUCAGAGAAACUUGAGAAACAUGAAACUCUGUUGAUUUUCCAAAUUUCUAUAUUAAAUACAGUUGAACAUUACUUAGAUGAGCAGCAUAUUCCUUUUAAACAACAACUUUGUAAAGUUUUAAUUGAUAUAUUUAAACAAUCCAGAACUCCAGAGAUAUGUGUAUCGUGCUUGGAAAUUUUUCAUGGUCAAUCUGAACAAGACGAAAUCAAAGUUCUUCUUGCUAAAGAAGGUAUUUGUGAAUUGUUAUUUGAACGUAUUGAAGAAUACAGACAUCAAGUUAAUGAUGAAGACAGCAGAAGUGUUUUAAAAAUGGCUUGUGAUUUUAUGGUGAUGAUUCUCUGUGGAGAUGAUUGUAUGAAUCUCUUAUAUAAUAAUGGCCAAGGAAAAGUAUACAAAAACAUGAUCACUUGGUUAAAUAGUGAAGAUAAUGAUCUGUUAAGUACUGGUAUAUUAGCGAUUGGGAAUUUCGCAAGAAAAGAAUCACAUUGUAUUGAGAUGGCAAAUGAUGGAAUAUCUCAAAAGCUUAUAAAUAUUUUGAAGAAAUACAACACUAGUACAAACUUAGAAGAUGUUAAAAUACAACAUGCUUUAUUAAGUACAUUGAAAAACUUGGUAAUUCCUCAAAAAAAUAAAUCCAAAAUAUUAAAAGAAGGACUUCUUGAAGUUAUUUAUCCUAUGAUCAAAAUUGACCAGUAUUUGGUUGUAUUUAAACUACUGGGAACUUUACGAAUAGUCAUAGAUGGACAAGAAUCUGCAGCUUUAGACCUUAUCUCAAGAAAGGACCUGAUUGAAAGACUUGUAUAUUGGUGUUAUAAUUCAGAUCAUCUUGGUAUUAGAGGAGAAGUACCUAGACUAUUAUCAUGGUUAAUAAAGCAAUGCCAUUCUUUUAUACCUUUCAAGUUAUUACUAGAAAAUCCAGAUAGUAUUAAAUGUAUUGUAGAAAUGAUAUCAUCCAACCAUGCAGUGAUGCAAAAUGAAGCAUUUUAUGCUUUAACCUUGCUGUACCUUGGUUGUUCGAGUCAGAACACUGAUGAAAAUAACAAAGAAUAUAGUGAUCUAGUUUCACUUAACAAGAUUUUGAUAAAUGCUGAUAUUGGCAAAAAUUUAAAUUUCGUUUUGACAAAGUACGGCGAUAAAAUGGAUACAUGUACUAUAGAAAAUAUAUUAACUUUAUUAGAACAGAUUUGUAAAUCUACAGACGUUAUUGAUCAUUUGAAAAAUACUGAACUACAAACACCUUUACCAAAAUUGUAUAAGAAUCCAAAUAUUGGAAAAGUGGACAAAUUAGACCACAUCAAGUCGUUAGUAUGCAAUUGAGCUUUUAUUGAAUUUUUAUGAUCAAUUUACUGAUUUGUAUCUGAGAGCUUAUAAAUAAUGAUAGUUUCCGCUCUACGUGCAAUUUGUCAAUAGUAAAUGACAACUAAUUGAAUAUAAUCUUGUGCAUAAAAUCUAUUAUUAUCACAGCAAGAAAUCAUUAGAAAAUGUUUAUUGCAGCAAAAUGGUUAGCUCCUCGAAAAAUAUAUUUUACCUUCAUAGGUUUAUUAACAUUUCGUUGUUUAUAAUAACGAAUUACCCUAAUUUUUGUAAAUCUAUCCCUAUCUUGUAUUUGUUCCAACCUCCGGUAUCCAAAGAUCAUUGAAAAAUAGGAAAAUUUACCUUCCAAGCGACUACGCUCGAAUAACAACAGAACCUUAAAAGAAAUAUUCGUAUAUGGUGAAAAUAUAGACAGGACCAGAAACGAGAAAGAAUUUAACAAAAAUAGUUAUAUAUAAUAGAGUCAUUUGAGACGAAUGCCAUACACUUAAAAUGGAUCUUCAAACCAUUAACCCUCCGCCUGCAACGUACUGUAGAAGUAAAAUUCCUGCAACGUCGGUCUGAGAGCCCGAUAUCUAAAAAAGUCAAAUAAUAUUGUCAGUUGUUAUUUUUUUACGGUAACAAGUGCGUUAUACAUCUUUUAUUAAGCCUCUCUAAGUUUUUGAUAUAUUUUAUUUUACUUUUGUGGUACGAAAUACCCAUGUAAUUGUACAUACAGCAUUAUAUUUGAUAAUUGGCAUGCAUAAAACAAAAUAAUAUUUUUCAGUUGAAAAACUUCCAGGAGGAUUAAUUUAAUGUACAAACUAAACAGAAAAUAUGUUUUAUUCAUAUAAGUACAUUUAGGCCCUGGUAAAUGAGGCACUAUGUUCAUCGAGCGUGUUUUCACAUUUGUUUUCUAGUCAACAUGUUUUCGCCACUGAGCCGUCUUUAGAAACAAAAUACGGAGUUCUGUGCAGUUCCUGACACUCAUUCACCAAAUUUCCGGCAUCUUCAUUAUCGAUGACUUGCUCUGAUUCCGUAUUUUCAAAUUGCUGCCCUGUUUCCUCGUCUGAAAAACUCUCAUCGCCAUCUAAGGGGACUGUUUCAUCAUAUUCUUCCAUCAACAUUUCAUCUACGAAUUUCUGGAGCCGUGUAUGGGUUUCCUCGUAUGUCAUAUUCGCAAAUUCUAUCGAAAAAUACUACUAAUUAUAACCUAUUCAGAAUUAAUAAAUUUUUUGGUCUUACCUAAAAAUCGUGCACAAACUGUAACCUCGGUCUGAAAGACCGAAACGGUGAUUUUAACUGGAAUACCUAGACGGGCAAGUUGAUACAUGCAUGCGCCUUUGUUUACUUUAGAAUAAUUUUACGAAUCGAUGUGAGAGACCGCACGUUUCAGACGGAGGGUUAAGCUUUGUCCUCCGCUAAACACUAGCUCACUGUAUUACAAAGUAAAGAUUUGCAACCACAAUUUUACCUCUUAUAACUUGGCAUGACAUCUAUAAUCACAAGCCAUUAUUGAAUUUUGAUUCCAUACAUAAAGUCUGGUAAAGUAACAUUAGAACCAGUCGUGAUAAAUGGAAGAACAUUGAAGUACUUGCCAAAAGGAGAAAUCAAUUUCAAUAUAAAGUUCAAUGAUGAGUUUCAAGCAUUUCCUCGCCAAAAGCUAUAAGUAUGGCUAUGGUUGGGUUUUCGCCGUUAUACAACAGACUGCAAAAAUUUUGAUCACCUUAACGACAUAAAGCAGGUUAUUCCCAAGGAUUGCUAGUCUUAUUAUGGAAGCUUGCAAUAUGAAUAGAAUAAUUAUUUUCAGAUAAUAUGGAAAGCUUUUAAUUUUAAAUGAAAUAAGAUUUUGUUUAGUAGAAGUAUAGUUUUUUGCUUUCUUAUAAAAGAUCUUUGCAAGGAGAAAAUAGCGUUUAAGUUUGUUUGAUGAUAUAAUUUCUUUAUACAAAGGAAAAACUUUCAAACAUAAAAUAUAAAAUACACCAUCUACAUUUGAAUAAAUAGAUGAUAACUGGAAGGAACACUGUCAAGGUACCACUAAAAUAUGAGUCCCUAAUUCAGAUUUUUAUUAUAAAUAAUCUGAGGAACAAUGGAUGGUAACAUAAAAUUAAAAUGAAGUAACGGACAUCUUAUCUUGAACUAAUAUUCUUCAUGUAGGUACAUACAAUGUCAAGGCAUCUGUUAAUAAAUAAAUAAGAUCAACAUGUAAUUCAAUAAUCAUGAACACUGCAAUAUUUGCAUCUAUUUAAUAAUCAUUGAAUAAAAUGGUGAUUGAAUAUAAUAAAUAUCUGUGUGUAAUAAUAUUUGUUUUCCUAAAUUCUAUUCAAUUUGGAAGAAUAUCUUUAAACUUUGCAAUUUAAAAAUAAUUAGGAAAGAAAAUAGUUUUUAUAGUGUAUACCGAAGGCAUUUAUCAGCCAUAAAAAUUCUUAUACCCAAUAAAAGUUUAUAUAUAAACCAA